GUGCGUUUCAUGGCGGCGUAUGACCGCGCGAGAGGUUAAUUCGUGGCUUGUUGUGACAAAGUGAUACGGGACGACGAACCCGGAGGAAAAUCAUGCUCCUGUUGGAUGAUUCGAGCGUUCGCGAGAGUCAGUGACGGUUUAUCGGUGCUGAAGAUACGCGAACAGUAUAAAUAGCGAGGGAGAAAACGCUGGGAGAUGAACGGUCAGCCGAGUGUCAGCGAAACCUUCGAACGCCAACGAUGCGCCUGCCGUCAGCCGAGACGUAGGGCGUAACUCCGCGCUCGAGAGCCUUUCGGGUUAGCUGACCUUUCGGGUGGAGCUCGGAGUGGCGGACAUGGCGCAGAUGCAGGCACCGACGACGGACGGGUUGCCGAAGUACUUCGUCACCGCGAUGCGCACGCUGUUCGACAUAAUGGACGACCAGAACAGUGGCUUCAUCAAGUACACGGACAUCGAGUGCCGCUGGCAGGCCGAGGGGAACGCGUGCCUGCCGAAGGGCGUGCUCGACAACCUGAAGAAGGUCACCCCGCCGAACGGCCUGCUGUCGUUCGACAGGUUCUGCUCGGGGCUGAAGCUGUGCCUGCUGCAGAUACACACGCACGCCGAGCCGAGGAAGCACGACGGCGGGAGCGGCCAGCCGAGCCGGCCGCCGUCCGCGCCGAUCCUCAUCCCUGACGGGCAGAGCAAGGCGCUCGCCUGGAGCUCGCCGAACACCGCUGCGAUCAGACCGAACAACGCCAUGUCCCAGCAGCGCACGCUCAGCAUGCCGCAGCUGCUGGCGAAUACCGCUGGCCGGAAGGACGUGGCGGCGCAGCUGGAGCUGAUGGAUGCCAGGAACGUAGCCGAGCCGAAGAUCAACAAGGUGUACGGUCCGCCCAAGCCACCGAGGACCGGCGCCGCCCUGGUCGAGGGCAGGACGAUGGGCGGGGAGCGUAACUUUGACAAGUCCGAGAUCAGAACGGCGCUGCAGAACUGGCAGAUGGGCCUGAUGAUGAGCGACGAGAAGGAGAAGCGUCAGCUGCAGCCGGUGAAUUACAGGCCGGACGCCAGAAUGCUGCUGAGGCCGGCCAGGGUGCUCGGCGACGGCAAGGCAGUUGAUAUGCAGAGCAAUCAGCUCGGCCUGCAGGCCAAGAAGCCGUCGAGCCGACGCAGAGAGCCCAGGCGACACACGUUGCAGAAUGGUAUUGAUUACAAUAUGAUGAAGAGAAUGAAGCAGAUCGAGCAGGAGAAGGACGUGCUGCUCCAAGGUCUGGCCGCAGUCGAUAAGGCUAGGGAGUGGUACAUGAAGCAGGUCUCCGCCACGCAGGAGAAGAUCAAGCACCUUGGACGAAUGGGUUCUCACGUGGAGCAAUGGACGGAGGCGCAGCAGGAACGCUUGGAGCUGCAGCGCGCGCGAGUCCUCGAGGUGAAUCGGCAUCUGGCCGCCCUGAUAAGCAGCUGGGAACGCGGGGGGCUGCCCCUGCACAUGAAUCUCGCUUUCCUGAGCGCGCCGACGUCGGUUCAGCUGCAGCAGGACACGCUGUCGAGGCUCAGACAGCAGAAUCACAGAUUGACCGAGGAAGUUAGCAAGAAGAAUCAACGGAUAGCCCUGCUCGAGCAGGAGAAGGACAGCCUGGUCAGAGAAUUGUACAGUAGGCAGCCCGGGCUGGUCCAGUCCCGACGAGCAACGAUGAUUCACGAACAGCACGAUCAGACAUUCAUGUAAGGUACUAACAAAUAUAAGUAUUCCAGACUUUGGGAAACGCGUUGCGAGAGUGGUAGGGAUUAACGUUAAACGAAUAAAGUAGAGAGAAGUGUAAAAGUAGCGAGAUUAAAGUACCGAGGGCACUCAUUGGUGAAAGAGAUGGAUGGGAAGAAUUGUGGGAAACCCGGUGCGGAGUCUUACUUGGUGCUCCUGGGUGCUCUACGAUGCUCUCGUCCUCUGAGCUUUCACGAAGCGGUCCGCUAGCACUGCCAACAUUGCCGAAUCGUCUUAGAAUGUAACGUUAGAGCUUGCAGCUAUGUAGUACACGGGGAAAAUAAAUUAGCGAGCCGAUAUAUCGAUAUAUCGUACGAUAACGCCAUGUCAUUCGUCAAAUAAAAUAUUAUUUGAUUAAUUUGUUGAUUUAAAGGAGGCCAACGCGCGCUCCCUUAUCAGUUCGAUAUCUCGCGUUAGUUAAGGUUGUAAAGUAUACACUACUAAUGUGCAAUUACUUAUAUAGAUGUGUAAUUUUUUUCAAGGGCAAAUAAGAUGCCUUAAACAUUUCUGUAAUCCAUAAAAAACAACAAGAUUUCUUAAUAAAUUAUUAUAUAAUUAUUCUACUUAA